AUAGUAACGGCGGACAAAUCAGAUAAUCUCGACACAAUUGUGUGCUUCAGGAAACCUGGAUCCGCAAACGAAGCCUAGAAAACGGUUUUCGGGAAUGUUUGCGAUUGAUUAUGAAGCAACAUUCAUAGAUCACAGGAGAAUCACUGUGUGUCUGGCGUGCUUAGGCCCUGGGACUGACGAGGGAACUUUUGAUACCGUUUUUUGUUCGCUAGUGACUCACUACUCAUUUACCUUUGUACGAAGUAAUGGUUCGAAAAGUGAACAUCUGUUGAGCACGGAUAAACGCGAUUCUCUUUCGGAGACCUCUGAAGUACACAGUGAUAUUGGGAUAUCAAGUUUUAAUACUCGUCAACCAAUCUGGUUAAGGUUCUUAAAGGAAUAUAACCCAAUCAAUAAUGCAUGGAGCUGUUUCCAACCUUAUCGGGCUACUGUUGGACUGCUUGCUUUUGCCUGGUGUUCAAGUCAUUCUGACAUAGAACUACGGGUCAAAGAUUACAUCAAACAAAAGAAAUUGUUGUCAGCUACGCUUAUCAGUGGUCAACUUUUCCUGUUUUUAAAACCAUUGGGCAAUGAAAACGACUCACUGUCAGUUGAAGAAGCAAAUGCUUUUGUAUCUGAAAUGUUGAAAGAGGAUUCAGCAUUGCUAGGUGAAAUUAUUUGUCAUCCUUCCGAGCAUUUAUUCGCAUCAGAAAUGAAUAUUCUUAAAGAUUUUGGUUACUCUGCUGGGACGGAUGAGUGUUCUUUAGUUGACAAAUCACAUGUUUCAAUUAGACCACCGUUUGUUAAUCAUCGAAUUAGUUCAGUCCUUCAAGCACUAACUUCUGAAAUUUAUUGGAAUUUGAAGAAGAUGCUCGCCGCUAAGUGUCCGAGUGAUAUUAAAUUGAAGAAAAAAGAGUCACAGCUAUCUAAAGAACUAACAGACUCGUCAGACGAUCUAUUAAUGGCUCCAGAAGAAAAUGAAUCGAAGUGGAAUAUUCUUGAUGAAGUCAGACGUAAAGCGCUAGGGCGUACUAAUGCAUUAUCUGCUUUGUCUACCUUUACAGAUAGAUCAGGAUCAACAAGUUCUAUCAGUGCUCAAACAGAUAUAAGAUUUAUCAAACAGAAACGAGCAACGGGACGGUUUAAGAAAUAUUUGGGCGAUAUAUUUUUACAGUUAGGUGAUUUAGAAAUGGCACAAAUUCAGUAUAAUCUGGCCCUUGAACAUUUAAAACCUAUUAAUGAUACUUUGUGGAUAGCAGGUGCUCUAGAAGGUCUUUGUGCAGUUGCUAUGUGUCAACAUUCUUCUGAUCAUUCCUCAAACCUAGGAACAACACGUUCGAAUUUUCUUCAGCGUCAUCUAGAUGAUAAUUUAACCAAUGGUGAACUACGGAAAUCACAUUCCCAGGAAUCAGAUAUGCUGGAACAUUCAACAUCUUCAAGUUUAGAUCUCGCUUCGUCAAAAUUAUACCACCCUCUUAUAAUAUCAUCCACUGAUUGUUGUAAUUACGCUUUGGAAACAAUUGAGUUAUACCAAAAGGUUGAGUUAAAUCCUUAUCUUUUUGAGGAGUUCAAAUUCAAGGUGAUUCGACUACUUAUCUCUGAAUCACAAAAGCGUAAAGCUUGUGAAAUUCUUGAUUCGUUGGUUGGACCAUCUCUUUCCUCGUUUAGUACUGAGAAUCCUUGUUCAAUGAAACGUUAUUUCACUAUUGUUCGUUUAUAUAAAUUGAUGAAUUUCAAUCGUAAGGCUAGUUUAGCCCUAUGGCUUUUAUUAUCAUCAAAUCGACUGAAUCGUGUUGAAUUUGAGCAUGAAAUUUUAUUUAAUGGUUUAAAAAUUCAAUCACUUUCAUCGAAUAUUACGCAAAUGACUGAAACGAAACUCCUAAAUGGUGAUGACGAUACUACUAUUAAUACCACUACUACUAAUAAUAAUAAUAGUAAUAACAUCACUAAUAAAGAUUUAAGCUAUUUAAUAAAUGAAAAUAAACCACCAGUAAACGUCACCUAUCGUUUAAUUGCGAAUCCCCCAUUAUGGAGUCCAUUUGUUAUACCUGAUCAAUCACAUUGGUUAAUUCGUCUCACCACAACGAUAUCAAAUUCAUCAACGCUUUCAACCAGUAUAUUUAAUAAUAUAAUUAAAUUAAAAUCAAUGUCUAAUAAUACACGUCAUAUUAAUUCAAACAUGAGUUCUAAUUCCAAUAGUUUAUAUUCAUCAAAAUCAUGUCUACUAUUCCGUUUAGUUGGUUGGUGUGAUUUACAAUUGAAAGUCAUAUUUUAUUUAAUUAAUGAAUAUAAAGCAAAAAUUAAUCUGGAAGAUAUAUCUGAAAUUCCAUGGGAUAUUGGAUUAAAACUUAUUGGAUACUGUUUCUCUGUACUGGACAGUUGGCCUGAAUAUCUAGAAAAAAGUAGUUGUAUAUCUUGUAUGGAUGAUUUAUGCUGUUUAGCGGUACUUCGUUGUCCAGACCAACCAACUAAUUUACCUAGUAUAACUUUAUUAAAUUAUUCUACUCAAGAAAAUGUCCGUUCUCGUAGAUGGCCUCGUAAUCGUCGUGUAGUUUAUUCACCAAGUAGAUUUUGUUAUUUAAUGAAUAAUAACAAUGAAGAAGUACAGACGAAAGUGGUCGAGAAUAAAAUGUUAGAUUUGGUAGAAAUACCAGUGCAUCAGUUGCCCUUAGUUAGAUUGAUCCAUAUACCUUCACUGCCAAGUAAUCUGUUACCUCACACAAUUUCUAAAAACGGAGCGGAGAAUGUAGUUUCAUUGAAUAGAUCUCGUACAGUUAUUAUUCGAUCAGAUCGAAAUAAAUCAAAACCACCGGAAUCUAACAACAAUAUAGAAUCAUCAAAACCCACUGAUCCAUUUGUUUAUAAUCCUUUUCAAAUGGAUAAUUCUAGUGCAACUAAACAUUCGAUAAUCGAUUGGGUUUGUGAAGAACCUGGAUACAUAGAAAUGAUAGUUGAUAACAAGCUCCCAAUUGAUUUAAGAAUGUCUGAUUUACAUGUUGAAUUGAUGCCAGUUAAUAUUGGAUUAUCGACUAAGGAAUCAUCAUCCAAUCGUGUUUCGUCAUUGACUUCCGAUUAUGAAUCAUCAUUUGGUGGUGGUUCUACUGUAAACAAUGAAUGUUCAGAUGCUUUAUCAAACCUAAUUCAUUUAGAAGCAAUAUUUUUAACUGUGGAAACUCCACAAUCAGUUAAAAUACUACCCACUUCACAUUUGAGUAAUCUUGAUCUUGGAAAUGUGAAACAUCAAACAAAAGAGAAUGGCUUCUAUGGUCGUCUGGAAAGCGGUUGUCUUUUAGAAGAAGCUGAAUUGCAUAGACAAUUUCCUUAUUCCAAUACAGAAUGCUUUUGGAGACGAAUUAAUUCAGAUGUAAACUGCAGAUUACCAUCUCAUACGAAUGGAAUUAAACUGUCGAUUGGUGUAGUACCAACUUUAGAUUUGUUAACAUCAAGUACUUCAUUCGAUGAUUCAAAUACAUGUUUACAUUAUCGAGUUAUUGGCAUUACUUAUCGUCUAGUCGAUUGUGGUGGAAUGAGAGUUUGCCUUAGACCAUCUGGAAAAUUUCUUUAUUCCUUGUCUUCACUUGGGGAAUCAUCUAGUAGAGGACGUGAAAGACAUCCGAGUGGUUCUUCAUCAUCUACUUUUUCAACUAUUCGAUCUUCAUGGAAUUUAGGUUCGGAACCUAUAUGUCCUAAUGGUAUUUCAAAUAUAUCUGAAUUUGAUAGUGAACAUUUAUUAUCGAAUUCAUUGGGAAUACAAUUUUCAUUAUUACCACUUAUUAGAUUACAACAUGCAAUGCCACGAAUGUGUAUGUUUCCAGGUCGCAUUUGCAGCGCAUUCGAUUUAAAUGAAGCUGUUGAUAUAUUGAGAAAUGAAUCAGCUAGUGAACAUUCAUGUGAUGUUACGAAACAACUCCAUUCACUUGGUCUAUCAAAAUUUCAUGUCCCUGAUCCUUCAGAAUGGUGUAAUCGUGUAGCUGCUGUGUUGGAUUUAACUAUAUUUCCAUAUGAAACUAGAUGGUUACCCAUCGAAUUAUAUAUUCGCGAUGAAAAUAGAUUCAAUGUUUCAAUAAAUAAUAAUAAUAAUAAUAAUAAUAAUAAUAAUAAUAAUAAUCCAGAAAGUAAUUAUGAUUUUGAUAGUAAUUACUCAAUUAAACGUAACCUAAACUUGUUACAUGUAAAUUUAAAAUCAGUUUCAUCAAGUUUAUCAUUGUUAACCAAGUUAAAUUUAAAUGCAACUGAUUUUGUUCAAUGUAUCGGCUUAGAAGAUAUUCGAAAAAGAUUUCCUCUCCCAGUUGAAAAUUGUGAAGUACCAAAUUCUUUACCAAAUGUAAAUUCUGAUUAUGAUGAACAUUCUCUUCCAUUAUAUGCGACACAUGUUGGUUUAAUUUGGUUGAAAUUCGAUUCAGAUAAGUAUUGGCAAAUUGUGACCGAUCGAUUUUCUUCAGACCCUGAAAUUAAUGAAUUAAUGAAACCUACUCAAGUACAGUCGAUUUACAUUGAAUUAGAAAUUGAAUACGCUCUUGAUGCAACUAAACCUUCACCAUCGUCUGAAUGUAAUACAUCAUCAUCUCUACUUUCCAAUAAUAAUCAAUCAUUAACACGUCGAAUUUCAUUAGGAUUCAAAUUGGAAUUACUGGCAUCAAAUUUAGCUCCAUUAAAGUUAUCUGAUUUAAUGUUAACUUUUGAAGAUAAACCAUUAACAAAUGAAUAUUACUUACAGAAAAAUAAAAUGACAAAAUUAUUUGGAGAAAAAAUUCAAGCUGAAUCAUUUUUAUAUGGCUCUGUCGAAACAAACUUAUCACAUACAUUUCUACCUCAGAUAUUGAUAGAACCUAAUCAUCUCCUGCAUUAUCGUCUCGAAAUAGAACUAGAAGAAAAUUGGUCUAAUAAACAACAGUCGAGGUCACUAGUACAAUUAAUUAGUCCAUGGUUAUUUCAUGUAUUUAAUGAAUCAGCAGAUAAUAGUUCUAAACGAAAGCAAUCACUAUCUUCUACUGAACUAUCGAAUGGCGUAUCUGAAAAAACCUCGAAUUCACCGAGUUCUCCUGUUUUAAACUCUUGUACAGAAGAUGUCUUGGAUAAUUUGAAAACUACACAUCAAAUCCGUUUACCACUUAUUGGAUUUAGUGACUUAGUGUUCAGUAACAAAAUGACAAAACUUAUCAAUUCAGAACGGUUAAAAUCGAAUGAAUCAGGUAUUCCUAUUCCUGUGGAAAUUGAAGUACCUGGCAGUGUUUUAGAAUCAAAUAUAAAAAUAUUUUGGUACUCUCGUGUUCAAGCUCGUUGGAAAUCUGAUUGUAAAUCAGAAAAAUCUCAGCAAUAUGAAAAUUCAUAUUUAUGUUCUUAUUUUCGUCGAUAUGGUCGAAUAAUUUUACCAGCACAUGAAUGUCGAAUAGAUCCAAAAUGGUUUGCUAAUGAAGCUUUGUCAACAUCAUUAUUUAAACCUUGGUAUGAAUAUCCGUUCCUUAAUUCUGGCUCUGCUGCUGGCCUUCUCUGGUCAAAUAAUAUUUGGAUAGAUAUCAGUCUGGACCCACCCAUUCUUGAUAAUUCACCAAAUUUUCGAAUUAAUUCACAAAAAAAACUUGAUCCUCAAAGUCAACUAUGUUUGCAAUGUCGUCAAGAUUAUUCUAUUGCACGUCGAACAACUGUUUGUACCCAACGUCGUAUUUCAUCUAUUUCAGUAUUAUUAAAUCAAGAAUUACUAACUAAUACCAACACUAAUAUCAAUAGUACAAUAGCGAAAAAUCAGUUGAAUAAUUUAAAAAUAGAAGAAUUAUCACUGGGACUUCGUAAAAUAUCUCUGCCCGAUUUAAGAGCUUCACUAAAAUCCAUUAUGAAUAUUAACAAAGAAGAUCUUUAUUCAUCGUCACGUAUUUGUACAUAUCCAUUAAAUCCUGUGUCUGUUUCUAUUCAAUGUGGAGUAAGGCAGAAUUUUUUACGGAAUAUUUUUAUGGAAAAUGAAACAAACUCUACAACUCAACGAAAAAACUCGUUUCUCAACUCAAAUGGUACCACAGAUUCAACACAGGAGUUUCGAAUAGAACAUGUUUGGAUGGGUCCCGCUGUAUAUAGACAUGUUCAACACAUUAGUAAUGAUGAUCAUGAAUCAACUCAGAGUACUUUGUUAGGACCAUUAAUUGAAGGAAUGGAUUAUACUUUUGUUGGGAAAGCCUCAGGUAGUAUUGGGUUCUCUAUCCCUCAGUCUUCGCCGUCAUCAUCAUUAUCACCAUCUAGUCAAAAAUCUGAAACAUCCAUUAGUUCUAUAAUAUUUUUACGUCCCGGAAAAUUUUGGGUUUGUGGUCUGUUAGGUAUAUUACCAGAAUCUUCCAUUUUAACUGUAGCAAAAGAUGGUCAAAUACCUACACCAUUUCAUUUACCAUCAGUACACAGUGUUGAAACUAUUCGUUUUUCGCCAAAUGGAAUCUAUAUUCAUGUACUUGAUUCACAUGUGUAAUGAUUUUUUUUAUCUGAUUUAUUUUUUUUUCUGAUCUAGAAAUCUACUUUCAGAAGAUAAAUAUAUCCUUCCACUCCCAUAGGUUAUUUAUACUGUUUCCUUCUGUGUUUAUUUUACUGUGAUUAUUACUUUCAAAGUGUCUGUUUGUCGGCGUUGUUUAGAAACAACCGGUUUCAAAAUAUUUUCCUACCAUUUGUUUGUACUGAUUUCUUCGUCAUCAUACGCUCAACGAUGAUUUGUCCACAUGUUUUAUAGUGAUUUAUAUACUUUAAAUAAAUUUCUUUGUUCUAUAGAUUAACAAGUUAAAUCAUUCAUAUCAUCAUCAUAUUCACAUCAAAACAACUGGGAGUAUAAACAUGAAAAAAUAGAGAAAAAUAUAUUAUUCAAUUUAAUCUCUUUCUUAUGUUAUUUCUGUGCUGACUGUCUCAAAACACACAUGAUACAUUUUUAGUCUACACUGUUCUAUUUUUCCCGUUUUAAUAUCCUUCAUUCUGCUUCUUCUUCACGUUUGUCGGCGUGUUUUCUUUAUUCCUCCUCUUCUACUGUGAUAGAUUAAUAAUGAAUAUUUUUUAAUUGCAUUUAUUAGACAGUAUAUUCAACAUUCGCGAUUUGAUUACUUCGUUCAAUAUGUAGGCCAGUUAAUUGUAUGUGUGUAUGUAUGAAUAGAUAUAUAUAUAUUUAUUUAUAUAUUUAUUCAAUAAUAAUGCUUGUUAUUACUAUCUCUUUUCUCUCAUUUAUAUCUUGCUUCAUUUAUUCAACCGAAAACAAUUGAACAUUAUACAUAUCAUAUAAGAAUUAUUAUCUUAAUCGUUCUGUAACAAAAAUAAAACAUUGAUUCAGUGUAUUGUAACUAGUGACUUCCUGUCCAUACAUUUAACCCUCGCCUCAAGAAUGAUGUGUGUGCAAUUGGAUAAAACUUGUUUACUUUCCAUUUCUAUAUAAAUAAAAUACGGUUGUGAUUUAUCCAAAUCAAUUGUUCACUAGUUCUUAAGUUGUUUUUAAUAUAAUAUUGUUUUAAUAAAUAACUUAUAAAACAGAAUAUAAACAUUCAUUUAGAAGUAUAUGGUUUAUUUUUUUUUCCAUAUGUUUAUGUGUAAAAUUAAUUAAUUCUUACUUGAAACAUGUCUGCAGUUGAAUAAGUUGUUUCCAACCUGGUGAAGUAAAUGAAUUCCAAAUUACUGAAUUAUAAUAUAUUUCAAUUGUGACCGACAACUGAAUUAAGGAUGAUUAGUAGGAUAAUCCGUUGGGUUUUGAACAGAUAUGUUUUAAGUUAGUCUUAGUGUGAAAAUCAACUCUGAGUACAAGCUGCUGAGUCCAGGAUAGGGUGAUAUGUAUGUCCGAAUUUGCAUUAC